AUGGCUACACCUAACAAGAAGAACAUCCAAGGCGAUAUCUGGCCUCGUCUCCCUAAGAAGCAUGAGACCUUCGUCUUCUUCCGGAUCACCAAGCCGGCUGAAUUCAAAAAGCAUUUGUCGGGGCUGGUCCCUUUACUUACUACAGCUGAAGAUGCCUUCAAGAUGAGAGAGGAUAUCUACCGCAAGAAGGCCGCUGGUACUCUCAACGGGCUCGUUAAGCUCUCGGCAAUCAACGUUGCUUUCUCAGCCAAGGGUCUAGCUAAGCUUGGAGCCGAGGGAUUCACUGACGAGGUCUUCAACAACGGCAUGUACCAGGAUCUUACAUACCCAAUGCCCGGUGAAGAUGCAAAGCUGCACCAAGGACUUGACGACCAACAUGAUUGGUUCUAUCAGUUCAAGCCCAGCACCGGCGGAAUUGAUGGCGUAUUUACAGUCACUGGUGAUAGCGAACAGACCAUCGAGAAGACGAUCAAAACAUUGAUCGAUCCUAUGUUCCAGGUUGGCAAAGGUGGUCAGAGCAUGCAAAGAACCUUUUCUCAGAGUGGAUUCGUCCUUGAAGAUGACCGAGAACACUUUGGAUGGGUGGAUGGUAUCUCUCAGCCCGUCGUCAUGGGUCUCGACGACCUUUCGAAGAAGACGCUGAAGAAUGGCAUGAAGCCAAUCCCCAAUGGCGUCAUUCUUGUUGGAGGCGACCAAGACACCAAUAGCCACCCAGCCUGGGCCAAGGAUGGUAGCUUCAUGGUUUUCCGCACUUAUGAGCAAAAGGUUCCGGAAUUUGUCACAUGGUGCGCGGGCAAUAUUAAGAAAUUGAGCACGAAGGCAAACGCAGACAAUGGACCCCAGGCUCUGACAGAGCUCCGCCUAUUCUCAUCCCGUGUCAUGGGACGUUGGCCUGAUGGAGCUCCACUUGAGCUCUACGGAGACAAAGACCCCAACGAGUCGCUUCACCACGAUCCACUCAUCAACAACCAGAUGCUGAAGGAAAAGUGGGCCAAGGAAGGCAAAGACGAGAAGGAAGAGUUCAAGAAGAGGGAAGAGCGAAAUCACACCGACGAUUUCAGUUACAAGCCAGAGGAUCAGACUCGAUGCCCUUAUGCCUCGCACAUUCGCAAGUGCGGACCUCGCGAUGACCACCCACCCCACCCAAAGCACCUCAUGCUCCGUCGAGGUAUUCCAUACGGCCCUCUAACCCACAACGAUGAGAAGCGCGGUGGUGUCUCACAGCAUGACCGCGGACUGCUCUUCGUCUCCUACCAGAGUAGCAUCACCAAUGGAUUCCGUACUGUCCAGAAAGACUGGGCAAACACCGAAGGUGGCCCUGAGGAUAGAACCAAGGAGUGUGGAGGCGCGCAAGGCCAGGGAAUCGAUCCCAUCAUUGGCCAGCUUCCCCCUGAUUAUCGUGACAGAGAGGAGCCUACUCUUUACGAUCACCCCGCACCAGUUAUCAAUAUGCCCGAUGUCGAGAAGCCUGUCCCCAAGCAGAACGAUCACUUCAUCCCCAUCGGACGCUGGGUCAUCCCCCGCGGAGGCGAGUACUUCUUCACUCCCUCAAUCUCGGGUAUGCGGGAUACUCUGUGCAAGGCUUGA